UAGCGAGAGGACGCGCACGCGCAUUGGCAACCGCGGCGCGCUCCCGCCUCCCGUUCGUAGUCCGCAUGCGUGCUGAAGCCAAUGCCCUCCAACGACGCAUGCUCACGUUAGGGUCUCGCGCGCCCUGCUCGCGGCGCAUGCGCAGAGCGAGGGCCCACAGGACCUGAUUUCUGUUGGCCGCGCGAUACCUUAUCUUCCUCUUUCGGGCAGGCGUUUCUUAGUUGCUGCUUCCGGAACUCUGAGACCCGUUCCGGAGUGGCCGGAGCCCGCUUUUUCUUUUUUUCACUCUCCUGAUUCCCUGGACACCAUUUACAGGCAGGUGGCUAGUGGUGGAGCCUCCCCGCCCCCACCCCACUCCUGUCAGAGGAGAGCGCUCGCCGCGCCCAGGACCAAUCAGCAGUCACCUUAGGUAAGGACCUGAGAGCCUGCGCGAGGCACGCGCACCUCCGGAGGCGGGGCUUGGAGGCGGGGCGUAGCGUGCUCGAGGGACCAAUCGGCAGCUCUUAGGUGAGGAAGGAGUCCCGAGUUGUGGAGAGAUUUCCAUCAGCGACUGUAAACAGUCAUUGAAGUGUUGAAUGAAUCAUUUUUCCAUAAGCACUGGUGGCCAUGUCUGAGUCCGGGCACAGUCAGCCCGGGCUCUACGGGGUAGAGCGACGGCGGCGGUGGAAGGAGCCUGGCUCUGGAGGCCCCCAGAAUCUCUCUGGGCCUGGCGGUCGGGAGAGAGACUACAUUGCACCAUGGGAAAGAGAGAGGCGGGAUGGCAGUGAAGACACAAAUGCAGCUGUCAUGCAGAAAACCCCCAUCAUCCUCUCCAAGCCUCCAGCGGAGCGAUCAAAGCAGCCACCACCACCAGCAGCCCCUGCUGCACCGCCCACUCCAGCCCCCCUGGAGAAGCCCAUCGUUCUCAUGAAGCCACGGGAGGAGGGGAAGGGGCCCGCAGCCACAGCCAAUGCCUCUACCCCCGAAGGCACCGUGCCACCACCCCCUGCAGCCCCUGCACCCCCCAAGGGAGAGAAGGAGGGGCAGAGACCCACCCAGCCUGUGUACCAGAUCCAGAACCGGGGCAUGGGCACUGCAGCACCCACCGCCAUGGAUCCUGUCGUGGGCCAGGCCAAACUGCUGCCCCCAGAGCGCAUGAAACACAGCAUCAAGUUGGUGGAUGACCAGAUGAACUGGUGUGAUAGUGCCAUUGAGUACCUGUUGGAUCAGACUGAUGUGUUGGUGGUUGGUGUCCUGGGCCUCCAGGGGACAGGCAAGUCCAUGGUCAUGUCAUUGUUGUCGGCCAACACUCCAGAGGAAGAUCAGAGGGCGUAUGUUUUCCGAGCGCAGAGUGCUGAAAUGAAGGAACGAGGGGGCAACCAGACCAGUGGCAUUGACUUCUUUAUCACCCAAGAGCGGAUUGUUUUCCUGGACACACAGCCCAUCCUGAGUCCAUCCAUCUUGGACCAUCUCAUCAAUAAUGACCGCAAACUGCCUCCCGAGUACAACCUUCCCCACACCUACGUGGAGAUGCAGUCACUGCAGAUUGCUGCCUUCCUCUUUACCGUCUGCCAUGUGGUGAUCAUCGUUCAGGACUGGUUCACCGAUCUCAGUCUGUACAGGUUCCUGCAGACAGCGGAGAUGGUGAAGCCCUCCACCCCAUCCCCCAGCCACGAGUCCAGCAACUCCUCAGGUUCCGAUGAAGGCACCGAGUACUACCCCCACCUGGUCUUCCUGCAGAACAAAGCUCGCCGUGAGGACUUCUGCCCACGGAAGCUGCGCCAGAUGCACCUGAUGAUCGACCAGCUCAUGGCACACUCCCACCUGCGCUACAAGGGUACCCUGUCCAUGUUACAGUGCAACAUCUUCCCCGGGCUGCCACCUGACUUCCUGGAUUCCGAGGUCAACCUGUUCCUGGUGCCCUUCAUGGACAGUGAAGCAGAGAGCGAGAACCCGCCAAGAGCAGGGCCGGGUUCCAGCCCACUAUUCUCCCUGCUUCCUGGGUACCGGGGCCACCCCAGUUUCCAGUCUUUGGUGAGCAAGCUCCGGAGCCAAGUGAUGUCCAUGGCACGGCCACAGCUGUCACACACAAUCCUCACCGAAAAGAACUGGUUUCACUAUGCUGCCCGAAUCUGGGAUGGUGUGAAAAAGUCCUCUGCCCUGGCAGAGUACAGCCGCCUGCUGGCCUGAAGCUGAGGGGAAUACGCCAUGCAGGGACACGCAGGGCCGCCAGUGGGCAGUGAGGGAGCACAUGCAACCUUCCCCUGGCAGCAUGCAGAGUGGCAGCAGGCCCCAUGGACGAGGGAUCGUGGCUUUCCCGCCCAGAGAAAGCAUGAGAUGUCCAGGGCCAGGCCCCCACCCUCAAUUGGAGGGCUGUUCAAGGGGUGACAUUAAGAGAUCCCACCCCCAACCUGGGAUGGGCAGCCCAUCCCAAGUCGUCCCCCACAGGGACGGGCAGUGGGAGGAGUCUGAGUGGUCCCCAGGAAGCCUGACCCCAUCUGGACCUUGUGCUUCAGGGGCAGGAGCUGCAGGUCCCUCUCCCCAACUCCACGCCUUCCCCAAGAGGCUUGGUGGGGUCUGGAGAGCUCCUGGUUGGGACACAUCUGGUGGUUCAAAUAAACAGUUGUGCAAGCCUGCUCGU